AUGUCCACGGUGGCCAGCGGUCUGCUGUUGCUUGUAUGUCUCUUGCGGAUAGGCAGGCGACCGGCGAACCUUCCGCCAGGACCUCCAACCCUGCCUAUUCUUGGGAAUAUUCAUUUGAUGCCUUCCCGCGAUGCUCACAAGCAGUUCCAGAAGUGGGCUCAGGAGUAUGGACCUGUAUACAGUCUCAUCCUCGGGACUAAAGUGAUGAUUGUCUUGUCGAGUGAUGUCGCUGUCAAGGACUUGCUAGAUAAGAGGGGUGUGAUAUAUAGUGGCCGCCCGGAAGCGUAUGUUGCGCAAGACUUAUGUAGCGGGGGGUUGCGCUUCCUUAUGGUCCCAUACGGAGACACAUGGCGAAUGAUGCGAAAGAUGGCCCACGGUCUCUUGAAUAUAUCGGUGGCCAAGUCCUACGUUGUAUAUCAGAUGCUUGAGAACAAGCAAAUGCUUCACGAUAUGUUGCACAAGCCCGAUAACUUUCUCGAGCACAUCCGCCGCUAUUCCAACUCACUCACGACGAGCAUGACUUAUGGAUGGCGAUCCCCGACCUAUGAAGAUCCUCAAGUGAAACAACUCUUUCACGGAUUCGAAGAAUUCGCCGAAAUGGCCCAAACUCCACUUGCCGCUCUCAUAGACUUUUACCCACCACUUCGCUACCUUCCCCUUCCCAUCCUAAGACGAGCCCGCGAGAUGCACAAACGAGAGAAAAAGCUCUAUCUUGGCCACUGGGAAACCGUCAAGAAGGACCUCAAAGCUGGAACUGCGCGCCCUUGUUUCUGUACCGAUAUGGCAGCCGUACAAAAGGACUACGGCCUCAGCGAUGACCUAGCGGCAUAUAUCUCAGGGAGUUUCCUCGAAGCCGGUUCCGACACCACCUCUAGCACACUCUAUGGCUUCAUGCAAGCUAUGCUUCUCUUCCCCGAAGCACAGAAAAAGGCUCAAGCUGAACUAGAUCGUGUCGUUGGAACAGACCGCCUCCCAACUAUGGAGGACGAGCCUCGCCUACAGUACAUUCGUGGCUGCGUUAAGGAGAGCCUUCGGUGGAUGCCAACCACAGUCCUUGGCGCCGCGCCGCAUGCAGCAACAAAAGAUGAUGAAUACAUGGGGUAUCUAAUUCCUGAGGGCGCUGCCGUCAUGAAUAAUGUGUACACUAUUAACAUGGACCCGAAGCGCUUCCCGAACCCACGCGUCUUUGAUCCAGACCGCUACCAGAACGAUCUACUGAGCUCUUUUGACGCAGCUGUUUCACCUGAUGUCAGUAAGCGGGAUCACUUUACUUUCGGUGCAGGGCGUCACCUCUGCCAGGGCAUGCAUCUUGCGGAGCGGAGCCUGUUCUUAGGGAUGUCGCGGAUACUGUGGGCAUUUGAUGUGUUACCUGCUUUGGAUAGUAAUCAGAAGGAGAUCAUUCCGGAUCCGGAGAGGCUAACGCAAGGGUUUGUCUGUAUGCCCGAGCCGUUUUCUGCGAGGAUUGUGCCAAGGUCUAAGGAAAGGGCCAUGAUGGUGGAGAGGGAAUGGGCUGAGGCCAAGGAGUUAUUGGAUCCGGUGACGGAGCAGUGGAAGAAUGUACCUGAGGGGAUGAAAUUUGGCUCGCUUGACUAA